CUCUCUGCCUGUAUCACUACCAAGGUUCCUUUAUUUAAGUCCUAGUCAGAGGAACAGCUAAAAUAGGUUUAGUUAGUGUGUGCUGUUCUUGUCUGAGAGAAAGUGAAGACACUUUGCAAGAGUGGGGAAUUGAUAAUGUCUUCAGAACGUGGUGCUAGCAAACGGCAUCACAACCCAGUGGACAGUAUAUGUAGGAAGAUCAAAUCAAUCCAAAUGAUGGAUCAAGUCUCUAACCCUGCUUUGCAAAUACCAAAAUUUCAGUCUCGCAACUUUGACAGUCCACAGUGCAAUAUCAAAAAAAAUCUAGAAGAAAUACUGAAGAGAAGAACUUUCAGAAGUCGUAAUAGUGCCAGUCCCCCCUUCUUCAGUCCCAGCAGUGACAGCGUUUUCUCUGCAGACUUGCAGUUGCUGUCACCUUGUUCCAGACGUAUCUCAGACUGCAGCUCUGCAGAUGCUACAUACUCUGUCAUUGAAAGGGAAGAGAGGACCAGCAACACAUGGUUGCCAGUAUGUUCCAUGGACAGCUGUUCUCCACCUUACUUCACAUCCAGAGAGGAGAAUGCCCAAAACCAGCGGUGUGCUUUAGCAAGCAUUGAAUCUGAAGAUGUGCACCGCGAACAGAAGUACAUGACGUCCAGUCCACAUCUACUGUUGUUUGCAUCUGAUAAAAAGUUGGAAAGUCCUGCGAUCCAGCCCCCUGUGCCAAAGAGAUUAUCUCUGAGCGAAAGAGGGCAGAAGCAGUCACGGGGCUGCAAAACUGAUGACAUGUAUGAUGUGAGCUUGAUCUGUGAAGAAGACUUACUGACCACCAUAUUUCACGCGUGUGACAUUAAACGUACAGGAAAAGUAGCAGUUUCCAAGAUAGUUGAUUAUUUGAGACACACAACAAGUCGAGGACUAGAAGACAGUGGUCUUGAAGAGCUGUGCAGCAUGCUUGACCCAGAUCAGAAAGAUGUCUCUGUGGACCUUGAAACCUAUCAUGCCAUCAUGAAAGAGUGGAUUGAAGACUGUAAGAGGAAGUGGGAUGGUAGUACUACUGAGGAACCAACAGCAAGCAUAGAAGACCAGGAGUUUAAAGUGCAUAGAAACACCUUUGAAGUAAAAAAGACACCACUUUGGAUGAAUGUUACGUCAGGAAGCUUGGAGGCAUUUGGGGGUGAUGUGUCCAAAGGAGACAUGGAGACAUCUGACUUGAUAACCUGUGUCGCAGACCUGCAGUACAACAACCUGAAGCUCCAGGAAGAGAACAACAAGCUGAAGCUUACCCUGGAAGCUGUGGAUGAGACCAACAACAAAUUACUGGCAGAUAACGAGAAUUUAUGCCAACAAAUAAAAAGCAUCCAACAUUCUGUGCUGAAAGCCAAAUCACUGGAAGAAGAACUAGAAGAAGCAAAGAACAACCUGAACCUUUUGGAAGCGAAGGGGCAGAAGAUGCUUUGUCAGAAUAAACAGCUGGAAAAAGAAAAUCAAACUCUUCUCAUCAAAAUAGCUUCUCUUCAAGAAGAGAACAUUAGGAAUAGCAUGGACACUGAUGGACUUCAAAAGAAGAUUUUGGAUCUCUCCAAAAAUGUGGCAGAGCUUCAAAUGCAGAUACAUAUCUAUGAGAGCACUGUGGUGAAUAAAGAGACAAGCUUAAUGCAGAAGGAGCAGGACAUCAAAGAACUGAAAUUAACCAUUGUGGAGUGUACCUCGAUUAUAGAGACUUUGCGGGCAGAGAAGAGUAAACUACUGGAGGACAUGCGGCACAUGCAGCAAGAGUUGAUCUCAAAUGGUUUGAGCUUCCCGUUGAUGAGUAAGGUUAAUGGCAAUAUUCCUGAAGAGAUGAAUUCACUGGACUGUGAACUGGAGCUUGCUCAGUCUUCUGAGAUUACCAAGACUGAAUGGAUGUCCCUGGAUGAAACACUGGACCGUGAAGUAUUGUUCUUACUUCAGGGACCUGAAUAUGCAGGAGAGAAGUUUAAGGCUGUCAUGCAAAACCUGGUCAGUGAUCUAUCUUAUCAAGAAGAAGCUUCUGCAGCAGAAGAGCUUGUCAAGACUUCUUUAGAAUGGGUAGAAGAUCCUGAUGUGAAUGUGCAGCAGGCCUGGGAGAGAAAACUUGUGGUUCUCAAGCAGGAGUUAGGAGAGAAAAAGCACCUUUGGAUCCAAAAACUCAAUCUCUUGGAAAAACACAAAGAAUCUCUAGAUAAGGAUUUUAUUCGAAUGGCAAGCAACCUGAGGAGAACCAAAACAGAGCAGCUUCACCUAAGGAAAGAGCUCUCUGCCAGGCAACGUGAGAUAGAAACUGUCAAACAGUUGCAAGAAGAAGCUGCUGGCCAGGCAGAAGCUCUUGGUUUGGAGCUGCAAAAAGCUACAAAGCAGCUUGAGGAUGCCAACAAACAGAGAGAGGACCAAGCUGAAGCCUUUCGCUCUGCCUGUGAGGAAGCUGCAUCCCUGAAGUGCAAGUUAAAGGAAGCCAUUUCUGAGCAGCAAAAGCUCAAGGAUGUGAAUGCAGCUCUAACAAGCACUUGCCAGUUGCUUCAGGAAAAGAUGGAAGAGCAGAAAAGGAACUGUAACACUGACAGUGUGGGGAGGAAUCCCCCCUUCAUAGAAGAACAAAGGAGGCAUAAUCACAAGUUAAAAGCCACUGUUAUUGCGCUGAGAGGGGAGCUGCUUACAGAGCGACUCUGUGAAAGGCUAUAUCAGCUCUGUGUAGAUGAAGAAUCUGUUUACAGUCUGCUACCUACAUCAGUGGAACCAGUGAGAGGGAAGGGCAGCAAAGCUGCUAAUAGAAAAACACUGUGGAGUGAGAGACCUACCCUGUGCACUGACUUUCCCAGGACCUUGCCAUCUGAUAUUUCAUACUGGAGUCUUACUCCUCUGCUAGAUGCUCUAAACCUGGAAACCUCCUGCCCAAUUAACUUUCCUGUGCACAGCUGGAAUCCCCCUUGCAGAUGGAGAUCUGUCACCAGCCUCUUUGAAAGCUGUGGUCUGUGGCAUGCAUCCAUUUCAGAUGUGACAUCAGUAGGGUACAAGUGGAAAAUAUACUCUGCUGGUGGCUAUACUGAUUCAGACCUUCCUGUUUCCAUUACAAUGAUGGACUCUUCACUUACUGAGAUGGACUGUGCAGAGCCGUCAGUACCACUUGGUCUGAUCCCAUCCAGUGAUGGCUUAACUUCUCCCCAAGAAGUUCUUACAUCCUCUUCAGAAAGCACUGCGCCGGUAACAGGCAGCCUUGUGAUGGAGGAAAAGCCACCCAAGAACUCAUGCGCAGAGGAGGAAGUUGUGCCAACUUCUGCGACAAUGGAGAGAAACAACGAUCAGGAUGCAGCUGGUUCUGUGUCAGAACCUGACCUCAUCAAGAAGGAGUCCACCUCCAUGAUGGAAGAACACAAAGCAGAUCCCAUGAAGAAAGACCUGGAGAUGGAAAAUGAAGCUACUAAAGAACAGAUUGAGGUAACACCAGCCGUGGUUCCCAGCAGGAAAGGGAGUUCACCCACUACAGGUGGCCUUAAAGGAGAUAAAGCAAAGCAAAAUGAGCCUGACUCUCCGAGUGAGAAGGAGGUGGAGGCAGAAUUUCUAAGGCUGUCUUUAGGUUUUAAGUGUGACUUGUUCACUUUGGACAAGAGGGUGAGGCUUGAAGAAAGAUCCCGAGAGUUGGCUGAAGAGAACUUGAAAAAGGAGAUUACAAAUGCUUUGAAGAUGCUGGAGGCUUUAGUUCCUUUGUGUGAAGAAGAUAACCAAGCACAGGAAAUUAUUAAGAAGCUGCAGAAAAGCUUGCAGUUUCUCAGCCAGUAUGCAGCCAGAGUUGCCAGCAGAGCAGAGAUGCUGGGAGCUAUUAACCAGGAGAGCCGUAUCAGCAAGGCUGUGGAAGUAAUGAUUCAGCACGUGGAAAACCUGAAGCGCAUGUACGCAAAAGAACAUGCAGAACUUGAGGAGCUGAAGCAGGUCCUGCUCCAGAAUGAGAGGUCAUUCAGUUCUCUUGGAGAUCGAGAUGAAUCUACAAACAAGAAGCUCCCCAAUUCCUUUAACUUCAAGCCAUCACCAUCCUUACGAAGAGUUAGCAUUGCAACAUUGCCUAGGAGCUCCGGAAACGCAGGUGUUGGGGUGCCACUGGCCCAACUGCAAGAACCUGUUGGAGAUGAAUGGAGUGAUAAAUUCAACAGGAGAUCAAGCAGUUGGGGACGACUAGGAGCAAGGCAAAAUGAGAAGCGUCCUUCCCUGCAGCGAUUCAUUAGCACCUAUUCCUGGACAGAGUAUGAGGAUGAACAUUCAGAAACUAAAAAUGAGCAGCUGGAGUUGCCUGCUGAAAUGCAAGAACAGCUAUCAAGAAAGGAAAGUACCUCUGAAAAAGGAAAGUGUCCGUCAAAAUGGAACCUGAAGUCAGCGUGCAAUUUAGUGUCAUCGUGGGCAUCCCAUUUCAAGACUUCCUUUUCCAACGCUAACAAAACUCUCUGGGUUUCCGUGUCCAUCCUGGUACUGCUUGCUGCUUUUACAAGCUUCCUCACUGGGCUGUCUCUUCAGCGACCAGCAGAUGCAGCACCUGUAGGAACAGGGGACUCCUGGACUUCACUACAGCAACUGUUGUGGCCGUAUACAGGACUUCAACACAAUGGGCCGCCCCCAGUAUAACCAAGGUUUGGACCUGUGUGAAGUGACACGUCUGAGUUCUAGUUGACAGUAUGAGAAGCUACACUGAGAUAGGUAAUAUAUUUAAGGUCAUGGUUUGGGUUGUGGGCCUUUUGAGGGUUUUUUGUGUUUUUGUUUUUUCAUGACUUGAAAAAUACUUUUUUCUUCUCAUUCUGGCAAAAGUUAACUUUUCAAGUAAUGGGGGGAGGGGGGAGUCUUAGUUCUAUUCAGGUUUAGAAUAAAACAGGUAGUGAUUUUGAAUGUGGCUCCAAUAAAUAUGACUAAAUGGUCCAGCCACAGAAGCAUAAGUAACUUAUUUUAACAAAGAUGCAAUGGUUACAUUUUAGUCAUUAAAGCUGUUCCAAUAGUUCGAAUAGAAAAAGACUGAAGACUUGAAAUGUGACUUUAUUGGAAGUUUUUGAUAAUAAAGUUUUAAAUGAAA